GUGAGGAGAGCAGACCCUGCAUCAUCAGCAACCAGCGCUCCCUCCAGCCUCCGCGCAUUUCAGCUGGCGCUGCAGCUGCUGCACAGAGACCCACAGAGGCCACCCUCGGAACCAGCGCCCAAUGAGAAGGCGGGACCUGUGUUCCUCCACACAAAGCCAGGCACUGGGAUGUGAGAACCACCACCCCAGCCUUUACCCUUAACAUUCCAUCUGAGGCAAACCACACUGAGCAGCCGCCUGCAGGCCUGGGAGCAAGGCUACAGGAAGCAGGUGUUUCCAUCCUUCCCAGGCGAGGCCGCCCAACAUCAACACUGGAGAAGAAGAAAAAACCUCAUUUGAUGGCGGAAGAUGAACCUUCAGGGGCCCUCUUGAAGCCGCUGGUUUUUCGCGUUGACGAGACCACCCCGGCUGUGGUGCAAAGCGUCCUCCUGGAGAGGGGGUGGAAUAAGUUUGAUAAGCAGGAGCAGAACGCGGAGGACUGGAACCUGUACUGGAGGACACCCUCUUUCCGAAUGGCCGAACACAACAGUGUUAAACCGUGGCAGCAGCUAAACCACCACCCUGGAACCACCAAGCUUACCAGGAAAGACUGUUUGGCCAAACACCUGAAGCACAUGAGGAGGAUGUAUGGCACUUCCCUGUACCAGUUCAUCCCCCUGACGUUCGUCAUGCCCAGUGACUACACCAAGUUCGUGGCUGAGUACUUUCAGGAGAGGCAGAUGCUGGGCACCAAGCACAGCUAUUGGAUUUGCAAGCCUGCUGAGUUAUCUCGUGGGAGGGGGAUACUAAUUUUCAGUGACUUUAAAGACUUCAUCUUUGAUGAUAUGUACAUAGUGCAGAAAUAUAUCUCCAAUCCUUUACUUAUUGGCAGAUAUAAAUGUGAUCUCCGCAUCUAUGUUUGUGUUACUGGCUUUAAGCCUUUGACCAUUUAUGUUUAUCAGGAAGGGUUGGUUCGGUUUGCCACGGAAAAGUUUGACCUCAGUAAUUUGCAAAACAAUUAUGCCCAUUUGACCAACAGCAGCAUCAAUAAAUCCGGGGCCUCUUAUGAGAAGAUCAAAGAAGUGAUUGGUCAUGGUUGUAAAUGGACGCUCAGCAGAUUUUUUUCCUACCUUCGUAGCUGGGAUGUGGACGAUCUGCUUUUGUGGAAGAAAAUCCACCACAUGGUUAUUCUCACCAUUCUCGCCAUUGCACCAUCUGUCCCCUUUGCUGCCAAUUGCUUUGAGCUCUUUGGGUUUGAUAUUUUGAUUGAUGACAACUUGAAACCAUGGCUUUUAGAGGUCAACUACAGCCCAGCCUUGACCUUGGAUUGUUCAACAGAUGUGUUGGUGAAGAGAAAACUUGUCCAUGAUAUUAUUGACCUGAUUUACUUAAAUGGUCUAAGAAAUGAGGGGAGAGAAGCCAGUAAUGCCACACAUGGAAAUUCCAACAUCGACGCUGCAAAAAGUGACAGAGGUGGGCUUGAUGCUCAUGACUGUCUUCCUUAUGAUUCUCUUUCGUUCACAAGCAGAAUGUACAACGAGGAUGACUCUGUGGUGGAGAAAGCUGUGAGUGUGCGUCCUGAAGCUGCACCUGCCUCCCAGCUGGAAGGAGAGAUGAGUGGGCAGGAUUUUCAUCUGUCAACACGGGAGAUGCCACAAAGCAAGCCCAAGUUACGGAGCAGGCACACGCCUCACAAGACACUCAUGCCCUACGCGUCCCUCUUCCAGUCGCACUCCUGCAAGACCAAGACCUCCCCGUGUGUCCUCUCAGACCAUGGCAAAGCUCCAGAUCCCCAAGCAGGCAACUUUGUUCUUGUUUUUCCUUUCAAUGAAGCAACUCUCGGAGCUUCCAGGAAUGGAUUAAAUGUCAAAAGAAUAAUCCAAGAGCUCCAGAAACUAAUGAAUAAGCAACAUUCCUAAGUGGUAAAAAAUCAAAUCAAGAAAAAGUGACAUGGAUUUUUAAAAACCAAGGAUCCUCUCCUAGAGAAAGCAAUAGUUCAAGUCCCUACCUGUGCCACCAGCAUGUUAACUAUGACAUUGGGACUGAAGAUGUGGCCAUAUGUAUAAAUAUAACAGCUCUGACAAAGCACAAUAUGUUCAAGUGGUGAUUAAACUACAUUACAUCCCAUGUUUAUUUGCUCAGGUGUCUUGAAAGAAUUCUACAAAUACCACACAGCCUCCCACCAGUAAUUGAAUAUGCUACACUACGAUUAUGCUAUAGUCUUGCUCUGUCGCCAGGCUGGAGUGCAGUGGCGCCAUCUCAGCUCACUGCAACUUCCGCCUCAUAGGUUCAAGUCAUUCUCCUGCCUCAGCCUCCUGAGUAGCUGGGACUACAGGAAAAAUCUGCAAUUGGCAUUUCCCAUGUGAUGCUGCGUGUUGAGGGCUCAUCUGCUUCUCGUCCAGGACGACAUUUCCAGCUUCAUCUUUGAUCUUAACCCUCCCGGAGGCAUACUUGGUUUCCUGACAGCCGCUGCAAUACACAGUCUUGACGGUGCCAUCCGGGUACUCCCUCCUCUUGAACUGGGCUGUGUGGAUUUCUUUCUGCCCGUUGCUGAGCACAAUGGUUUUGUCGCCGUUCCUGAGAGGAGAAACACAUGGAAAUAAGGUCUCUUCCUGUCCAUCCUUGAGAUGUUUCACCGUCCCGUCGGGAAACACGAUUUCUUUGGAGCCAUUGGGGUAGAAUUUUUCUGCAGAAUGCAGUUUUUCAGUGGAUGAAUAACAGUGAUUUUCACCUUGUACUGGAGACAGAACCCUUGGACGCUGAGGAACUCGCUGUGGAGCCUGCUGAAAUACUGCUGCACUGCUUCUAUUUCAUUACAGGAACAGGAAGGUGAUUACAGUGCCUGCAUGUGGGGUACAUUCACAGCUGCUUGAUGUGUUUGUGAAAAAAAGAAAAGCUGCCAAGUUAAACUUAAUUGAUGAGUUUCCA